AUGUGCUCUGACUCGCUCGAUUGUCUCCUUAGCUUCGGUUCAGACAUGUUCUCUUCGCCAACCGAGCAAUUUUCCCCGCUCGUCGCCUCUCUUCUUGACGAAGUAAUAAUCGCGGUGCUUCUUACCGCGGAUGGCGGAUUCCGCGUGGCGCUGUGCAGCUCCGCGUUAGUGCAUUUCUUAGGUCUUAACUCAUCCGAGGACGUAUUAAGGAGGCCAAUCACGGAGCUUGUUCACGCGGAUGACGCGGAGGCACUCGAGGCGCUCCUUGCUAAUUACGUCAGCUCCAAACCCCAAGGGCCCUGCGACAAACGACUGGACGUGCGACUGUUGCCAAGCGUUGACGAAAGCGACGCGUCAAGCCGGCGACGAAUCUCGGGAACCGCUGACGGCUGCAGAUGGUUCGAAGUCGCAGUAUCCCUCGCUAACCCUUUAACUAGCCUAGAUUCUAACCGUCAAACCAUAGACAACAGACACGUGUCGCACGAUCGACGCUGUAUAGAGCACUGUCAGGAUGGACGGGACCAAGAGGUCUCAAAUCAAGGGUUUCCAAAUGCAGGAGCGAACCGCGAUCCGCUGCUUCUAUGCGUGUUCUACGACGUGUCGGCGCGGCGCGGGAGCGCGGAGUACAUAGUUCGUCAGCUGCAGGAGUGCGUGCAGCUCGCUAAGAGCGCGCCGCCUCUUCGGAAGGGCGCUGAGGCGGACCAAGGGGAUGGCGCGCCGGGAGGCGCGACGCGGGAAGGCACAGGAGAAGGUUCGGGGGAAGGCGCGUUAGCGGAGCUGGGAGAGAAUUUCAAGGGAGCGGAUGCAAAAAGCGAGUCUGGAAGUGUAAGAGACAGGGCAGUCGCAGCAGGGGGAGAAACAGGAGGAGCAGCAGGGCACACCGGUGGAAUCGAGACGGCAGCAAGCUGCGAGAGUGGAAGAGGCGGGGGAACAGAGGUCCCUGUGGGGGAGGGGGAAGGUGGUGGCGCAGCGGCGGAAGGAACGCGCAGGGGGGAGGAGGGUGAUGGAAAAGGGGGAGAGACAGAUGGACGCGGGGGAAGACAGGGGAGAGAGGGGAGUGAGGAGGGAGGCGAAGACAUGAAAGAGGACAAAGGGAAAGGGGAGGUAGGCGGGUGGAAGGAUGAUGACGCGGCGACGAGUGGAGUGGUGAGGGAGAUGUCAGCUCUGAUCGACCAGGUCAAAACGCUGUUGGUUCACAGCCGCAAGAACUCCCGAUUCCAGGCCAUCUUCGAAAUGUCCCUGGACCCGGUGUUCACAGUAUCGCAGGAGUUCAAGCUGGUGGACUGCAACGAGGCGGCGGUGCGAUACAUGAAGUACCGCGACCGAGAGGAGAUGCUGCAGCGCUUUGACCUCAUGAAGCUCUCGCCCGAGUUCCAGCCCGACGGCCGGCGGUCCGUGGACGUGCAGAUGGAGAACCAUGCGCGCAUGCUGCGAGGCGAGGUGGUCAUCUUUGAGUGGCAGACGCUGGCCUCCGAUGGAGAGCCCUUCAUGGUGCUUGUAACUGUCAGGGAGAUAGUGAUUGAUGGGGAGAAGCACCUGCUGUCCAUCUGGCACGACCUGUCGGAGAUGAAGCGCAAGGAGGAGGAGCUGAAGGCGGCCAAGGAGGCGGCAGAAGCGGCAAACGAAGCCAAGAACCGGUUCCUGGCGAACAUGAGCCAUGAGCUGCGCACCCCCAUGAAUGGCGUCAUCGGCGUCGCCGAGCUGCUCCUCCGCACGCCCCUCACAGACGAGCAGCGCAUGUACCUGGACGUCAUCUGCUCCUCGGGAAACGCCCUCAUGCAUAUCAUAUCCGAUGUGCUCGAUAUUACAAAAAUCGAGACGCAUUCUCUGGUGGUGGAUGCAUACCCGUUUGAUCUGCACUCGACGAUAGAGCAGGCGUUGAGUGCGAUUCGCGUGGCGGCAAACAGCAAGGGACUGGGGUUGCAUGUGAGUGUGUGCGAGCAGCUGCCGGUGAUGGUGAUUGGGGAUCAGUUCCGCGUGCGACAGAUACUGCUCAACCUGCUCUCCAACGCCAUCAAGUUCACUGACAGGGGCGAGGUGAGGGUGACAGUCUCUCUCUGUGACCCGCCGCCGUCACAAGACAAGAGCGCGAGCCAAGGGGUGUCGCAGCAGGGGCAGCUGGGCAAGCGCAUUCUAGACGACGCGCAUGGCCAUGGGGGUGGGGUGCAAGGGCAUGAGAGCGGCGCCGAGGCACCAAUGGAUAGGCUUGAAAGGGAGGAGCGUGGGGAAGGGGAGCAGGCGCCUUCAGACCAAACUGCUGCUGCUGCUGCUGGUUUUGAUGCUGAUGCUGUCGUGCGCACCCAUGCCUUUGCUGUCCAGGUGACUUUUGUGUCUAUUCAAAAGUCACAUGCUGCUGCUGCUGCUGCUGCUGCUGCUGCUGCUGCAGCAGGUGCUGGUUCUGAUGCUGAUGCUGUCAUGUGCACCCAUGCCUGUUCUGUCAUGAUCUCGGUGGAGUUGCCUCAGGAAGCCGUCACGAGUGGUGGAGAGAUAGGAGACAACGUGGUUGGGGCAGGCUCGAUCACUUCAUGUGCAGAAGAAGCGGACACGAUAGAAGCAGCUGCAAUUGAAGCAGCUGCAGUAGAUGCAGACACAAUAGAAGCAGACCUGAUAGAAGCAGGUGCGUUAGAAACAGCGGCAGAGGAGAAGGUGUGGGUGCGGAUAGAUGUGUCAGACACGGGCGUGGGCAUCUCAUCAGAGGCAAGGGCGCGGCUGUUCACAGCGUUCCGGCAGGUGGACGACUCGUCGUGCCGCAAGCACGGCGGCACGGGCCUGGGUCUCUCCAUCUGUCGCUCGCUCGCGGCGCUCAUGGGGGGGUGCAUCUCCGUCGCCUCCUCCCCCCGCCACGGCUCCACCUUCUCCCUCCACCUGCCCUUCAUCCGCUCCCGCACGUGGGACGUGCAUGGAAAAGGGGGGAUGAACGGAGCGGCAUUGAGGGGCGGCAGGAAGGCAGGGGAGUCAGAGGCAGCAGGGGGGGCAGGGGAAGGCAGAGGGGGGCGGGAGGAAGGGGGGUUUGCGGGGCUGCGGUGCCUGGUGGUGGAGGACAACGCGGUGAACCGCAUGGUGGUGGUGCGCUUGCUUAGGAGCCUCCAGGUGGCGUGCGACGUGGCUGAGGAUGGGCUCAGGGCCGUGCAGGCGUGUGCGCGGUGCUGCUACGACAUCAUAUUCAUGGAUUGUCACAUGCCAGUCAUGGACGGGUUUGAAGCCACGGAAAGAAUACGCGAGCUGCAAACAGAAGCAGAAAAUGGUGGUGGUGGUCGUGGUGGUGGUGGUGGUGAUGUUAUUCCUGCGGCUCUGUUCACCUGCGAAGAUGGUUUCCGCAUCGCGCACUGCAGCCAUGCGUUGAUGAGAAUUCUCGGAGUGAAGCCCGAAGUUAUUGUAGGGAAGCGGAUAGCCGAUCUUCUACACGCAGAAGAUGCAAGAGCCGUUGAGCCAACCAUGACCGAAUUCGCUCGAGCCUGUUCACCCUCUAAGCGGAAGCGUCUCGACGUGCGACUACGAAUCAACGACGAGCGACACUGCGACGAGACCGUCGCGAGUGCGAACGCUAAAAGCUCGCAGGCUUCGCGAUGGGCAUGGUUUGAGAUGUCGCUCGUGACGAGAGUCGUCGCCGGCGAUGCGUUUCGCAGAGCAGGCGACUGUCGCAGCAAGGAAGGCGAUGCUCGCGACAGAGCAGGUCUGCGAACGGAACACGCAGAACGGCCGGCUGCAUCCACGGCUGCAGAGGUCCCCGACGGCAGCGGCGGUAGCGGCGAAGGAGCGACGGCACGACCGCAGGCGCAGGCGUGCAUUCUCGCGACGUUCCACGAGAUCUCCGCGCGGCGAGCGAGCAUGGACGUGCUGGUGCGCGAGCUGCGGCGGACGGCCGACAUGGCCGUGCGCGUCGCGGGCGGAGGAGACGGCGACGCGCCGCACAGCCCUCACGGCGACGACCGACAGACGCGGCGACAGCCCUCUGACGCCGCGCACAGCCCCGGUCGCAGCGACGACCCGCGGAUCCCUUACGGUCUCGAUGAUGGCUCGCAGAGGGAGAGCGCUGUUGUGGCACGUCGACUACCUCAUUCCGACGGCGUGGGCGGAUCUCACGCGGACGGGACACCCGCGUUGAGAGACGAUGGGUUGAGGGCAAGAGGAGGGCCUGACGACAGGGAGACUGGGGCCGCGAAAGAUCAGGGGAGCGGCGAGCAGGAGAGGAGAGGGGAGGAGGGAAGUGGGAGCGAGGGUAGACAGGGGGAAAAGACAGGGAUGGAGGCGAGAGGGGAAGAGAGUAGAGGGGACGAGACGAGAGGGGAGGAGGCGAGGUUGGAGGGCGAGGCGAGGGAUCCAGUGGCGAAGGCGAUGGAGGUGGUGGGGAGGGUGAAGGAGCUGGUGCAGGCCAGCCAGAAGAACUCCGUCUUCCGCACCAUCUUCGAAAUGUCCCUCGAUCCCAUGUUCAUAGUGUCCCGCGAGUUCCGCAUAAUGGACUGCAACGACGCCGCCGUGCGCCACAUGCGCUUCGCCUCCAAGGCCGAGGCUAUCGCGCGCUUCGACGCCGUCAACGGCGCGCCCGAGUUCCAAGCUGAUGGCCGCCGUUCCGCUGACGUGGCAGCCGUCAACGUGCCGCGCAUGCUGCGCGGCGAGACGGUCGUCAUGGAGUGGCGCCACCUGGCGGCUGACGGGACGCCGUUUGACGUGCUGUUGAAUGUGCGAGAGAUCGUGGUAGAUGGGCAGCGAUGCAUGCUGUCGGUGUGGCACGACCUGUCGGAGAUGAAGCGCAAGGAGGAGGAGCUGAAGGCGGCCAAGGAGGCGGCAGAAGCGGCAAACGAAGCCAAGAACCGGUUCCUGGCGAACAUGAGCCAUGAGCUGCGCACCCCCAUGAAUGGCGUCAUCGGCGUCGCCGAGCUGCUCCUCCGCACCCCCCUCACAGACGAGCAGCGCAUGUACCUGGACGUCAUCUGCUCCUCGGGAAACGUCCUCACUCACGUCAUCUCAGACGUGCUCGAUAUCACCAAGAUUGAAUCGCACUCUCUCGCACUCGAAUCCUACCCGUUCGAUCUCCGGGAAACAGUGGUGGAUUCGCUCGAUGCGGUGAGAUCUGCUGCGAGCAGGAAGGGCCUGCAGGUGACGAGCAGCGUGUGUGAGCAGCUUCCCGAGGCUGUGAUAGGGGACCAGUUCCGCGUGCGGCAGAUUGUUCUCAACUUGCUGUCGAAUGCCAUCAAGUUCACUGAUGCUGGCACUGUGGGGAUUGCGGUUACCACCAGUGCGGAGCGGCCGGUGCUGCAGCAAGGGAAGAUGGAAGGGGGCUGUGCUGGUUGGGUGUGCGGGGGUGGAUGGGAGCGAGAGGAGGUGCGGGAGGUGGAGACAAAUGAUGGUGGGGUUCUAGGCAAGAGGGCGAGGGGGGAGGAAUCAGAGGGUGCAGAGGAAGCUAAAGAGUCCCCAGCAGCCUCUUUGAGCUUUGCAAAGCGGCUUCGCAGGGAUCAGUUGGGAAGGGAGGCGGGCAACGUGAGCGACACGGGCGUGGGCAUCUCAUCAGAGGCGAUGGCGCGGCUGUUCACGCCAUUCCGGCAGGUGGACGACUCGUCGUGCCGCAAGCACGGCGGCACGGGCCUGGGUCUCUCCAUCUGUCGCUCGCUCGCGGCGCUCAUGGGGGGGUGCAUCUCCGUCGCCUCCUCCCCCCGCCACGGCUCCACCUUCUCCGUGUGCCUGCCGCUGCAACCCACCAGGCAGUGCCCCUCUCGCCCUCUCCAUGUCUCAAACCGAUUGCCGUCAACAUCAGCUGCUGCUGCUGCUGCCGCCGCCGCCGCUGCUGCCGCUGCCGCCGCUGCUGCUGCUGCUGCCGCUGCAGCUUCAACUAGCAAGGCAGCAGCAGCAGCAGCAGACGCGAGUGCAAAGAAUGGCGGCUCCCCUCUCGCUGCGCGGCCAUUUGAAAGCUACCUGAAUUCGGAGCUGGGCCCCGUGGUGGCUGAUCUUGACUCGUGCGGCUUGAGUGACGCCAAACUUACCCAGCUGGAGGGCCGAGGGCGGGGGUUGCGGGGACAGGAGGAACCAGCAGCAGCUGCAGGAGCAGGAGCAGGAGCAGGAGCAGGAGCAGGAGCAGGAGCAGGGGCAGGAGCAGGGGCAGGAGCAGGAGCAGGAGCAGGAGCAGGGGCAGGAGCAGGAGCAGCAGGAGCAGGGUCAGUGAAUGAGGUGGGGGAGGUGAAGGCAGGGGGCUCACGGGAUGAGGCUUCUUCCAGGAAAUUGCCCGCGAGUAAAUGUUCCUCCGCUGCUGUGGGGAGUCCCAAAGCGAGCGGGGAUCUAAGGAGUGGAGGCAAGCGUGUGGCGCGUGUUGCUGGUGGUGUUGGUGCUGCUGCUGCUACUGCUGCUGGUAGUGGCGGGGAUGGAGGGCCGUUCGCGGGGCUGCGGUGCCUGGUGGUGGAGGACAACGCGGUGAAUCGCAUGGUGGUGGUGCAGCUGCUGAGGAACCUGCGAGUCUCGUGUGACGUGGCAGAGAAUGGGCACAAGGCCGUGGAGGCCUGCCGCUCCACCAACUAUCACGUCAUCUUCAUGGACUGCCACAUGCCAGUUAUGGACGGGUUUGAGGCCACCACUCGCAUUCGUAGCCUUCAGGGUUUUGAAUCGCCUUCGAACGCACAGCCUGGUUUCUGUGCUUCUGGUGUGAGAAAAGGGCAGCAGCAGCAGUGUACAACAGAUUGCCAUCAGCAGGCGCUGCAGCGGUCUGUUAUUUAUGCAUUGACCGCGAGCGUGUUGAAGCAUGAGAGGGACAAGUGUGCACUUGUGGGGAUGGAUGGGUUUUUGGCGAAGCCGAUACGCAUGAGAGACCUGCAGCAGGUGUUGAGCCAAGUGCUGGCUAAGCCUCAGUGGCCAGUGGUGCAGGAAAGGGGACAUCGAGUUUGGAUUGCGUACAGCACUGUGGGAAGGACGGACAAGCCUGGGCUGGGCGAGCGACGCUGCGCCACGCGUAACGCCGCUCUCCUUCGCGCUGUUGCCGGCGAUGCGAAUUUGCCAGUGACGGCCGACCGGCAGACGCGGCAAGAGUCUACCGGGUGGCCGUCAGUGGCCGUCAAGUUGCCGCAGCAGGCGGAGGCGAGGGAAAGUGAGGAGGACGGGAGGAUUGCGCAAGGGAAGCUUCUAGGAAGGUCGCUGCUGGAGCUGAUUCACCAGGAUGACGUCAGGAAAGUCAAGCACGCGCUCUCACACCCAACAGCAGCAGGAGCAGGAGCAGAAAGAGCAGGCGGAGCAGGAGCAGCAGGAGACGGAUCAGGAGCAGCAGCACUCAGAGCUGCACGGCCUGUGGACGUGCGGUUGAUGCAGGCUGCAGGAGGGAUAGGUGACGUACCAGCAGCAGCAGCAGAACAUGUAGCAGAUACACGGAGCGGAACCGGCAACAGAUGCAGCAGCAGCGGUGGUUUCAGGUGUGCAUCUGGUGGCAGCUGGCUGCUCUGUCUCUUCCACCAUAUCUCCACGAGAAAAACCUUUGAGGCGCAGCUGCUGCAGCAUGCAACAGCGUGUGCGGAGCUAGCAACGAACCUGGCGCAGGUGAAGCCCCCCGACCCCGUCUCCUGGGGAGAUGCUGUCGAGCGCCACUACGGCACCCGCCCCCCUCCCUCUCCCCAUGCGCCCCCGCCCCAUGCGCCCCCUGCACAUGCGCCCCCGCACCAUGCGCCCCCUGCACAUGCGCCCCCUGCACAUGCGCCCCCGCCCCAUGCGCCCCCUGCUGCUGCCCCUGCUUCUGCUGCCCCUG